AUGGCUUCUGUUAUGGCUAUAGGUGCUGGCGCUGCCGUCGCGGCCUUUUUGGGCCGGGCUGGACUUGUCGCAUGGAGGCGAUCUCGAGGCGGCGUUGGAGCCAUGGGCAAGGCCUUCUACAAGGGCGGUUUCGAGCCCAAGAUGACCAAGAAGGAGGCUACUCUGAUCCUGUCUCUCAACGAGCGAGCUGUCACCAAGGACAAGGUCCGAAAGGCUCACCGAACUCUCAUGCUUCUUAACCAUCCCGAUCGAGGCGGCAGCCCCUACCUUGCGACCAAAGUCAACGAGGCCAAGGAGUUCCUGGACAAGAACAGUUAA